ACUCGAAGGUCAACUACGGACAUCGAGUGGUCAGCCUGGAGGUGUGGGCAUUUCGUAGGAGCGCUUGGCUGCGGUCCCGGCAGCCCGGAUGGCGGCGCCGCAACCUUGCGCGGAUGGCUCCUGCUGCUCGCACCCUAGUGCGGUGCCCGGGGUACAGCAGACGCUGGAGGAGAUGGACUUCGAGAGGGGAAUCUGGUCAGCUGCCCUGAAUGGAGACCUGGGCCGAGUGAAGUAUUUCAUCCAGAAGGCCACAGACCCUAGCCAGCCAGACCCUGCCGGCUACACCGCACUGCACUACGCCAGCCGCAACGGGCACUACGCCGUUUGCCAGUUUCUGCUGGAAAGUGGAGCGAAGUGUGAUGCCCAGACCCAUGGGGGUGCCACGGCUUUGCACCGGGCCAGCUACUGUGGGCACACGGAAAUUGCCCGGUUACUGCUUUCCCAUGGGUCCAACCCCCGGCUGGUCGACGAUGAUGGCAUGACCAGUCUGCAUAAGGUAUGCCUCUCUCUCCCCUACAGGCUGCGGAGAAGGGUCACGAGGACAUUUGCUCUCUCCUGUUACAACACAGCCCAGCCCUGAAGGCUGUCCGGGAUCGCAAAGCACGCCUUGCAUGUGACCUGCUGCCCUGCAACAGUGGCCUGCGGGACCUGCUGGCCAGCUGAGGCUCCACCUCCUGUCUCUGGCUGCCCUUGAAGGGUACACAGACUGGCUCUCCACACCCCUGCCUUGCUCAGCGUCACGCUGCCGCUUCUGCCGGGACCAGGGCCAGAAUGCCCAGAAGAGCCCCACCUGGCCAGUGGGGCAGCUGUAGGGAGGCUUGGGAGGGCUGAAGGCUUGUGAGCCUGGACAGGUGAUCACAUAAGUUAGUCCAUGUGCAGACACAUAUCCACCUGGAAGAAAAUAAAGCUUAUAUCUUGAUGUUAUCCCAUGGACAAAGAUGGAUUUCAAAAUACAGCAUUCUAAAGAUAAAAACACAAAACUCUGAAGUAUCAGAAGAAAACAUGGAGUGUGUAACAAAAGCUGUUUUCUGGCUGAAUGAGCUUGGUGCAGGAUUCUUUUAAACCCUCAGCACCCGGGUGUCUUCGAGAUGAAAAGGAUUGCCUCACGGCUGCCCUGAGGACCCAGGAAGUCUGCGGAUGGGCGCUCUUAAGUGAGCGCACUCACUACCUUACAGGCAGUAGGGGACAGUACCCACUGUUCAGCCUGGCCUGGUAGUGCAGUCCUCAAAUACCAGCUGUUCAUGAGGCUGCAGCCUACCUAGGCUGCAGAGGAGCUCAAGGCCAGCCUGGGCAACAGGGAAAGUGGGAUAUAGCUCAGCGGUGGAGUACUUGCCUGACAUGCAAAGCCCUGUGUUGCAUCCCUAAUACCAUGGGGAACCAGCGCCCAGUUCCCCAAGUCUAACCAACACUGGCCUUUAUUCCCAAUGUUCUGUCUACUAGUCCAACCUGUACGAAGUGUAACUGUGCCAGGUAUGUGCCUUCAAUCCCAGUGCCUGGGGUAGGAAACUCUCUCUUCGAGCUCCAGGCCAGCCAGAGCUACAGAGACCCUGUCUCCAUAACCCCACGUCACUAUAACUGCUUUCCUGUUUGUCUUGCAUUGAUUACUAGCGAGGCUGCAUGACCUUCCUAUCUAUGCCCAUUCAAAAUGGUUUUGUUCUUGACACGUAGCCAAGGCUAGCCUCCAACUUUGGAGCCCUCCUCUGGCGUCACCUUCCUGAGUGUCGGGAUUAUAGGUAUACAUCACCACAUCUGGCUUGCUAUGUUUUUAUCGAUUCACAGGCACUUUAUAUUAAUGGAUAUUGAGCCUUUGCUCUGGGUGUGUUUGUAUACAGAGAGAAACAUAUGUAGCAUACACAUUAUCUAAUGCGUAUUAAAAUGUUUUUUUCCAUGCC